CACGAGCAUGGCGUCCCGCGCGCCGGAACCGACCGGAAUCGAUGAGUCUGCUAAAUUCCUUACUCCUUCUUUGGCUAGUAUAACGGAAUCGCUCUCCCUGCUUGGCUUGAGUCCAGAGACGCUUGCCAUGAGUUUCGGAGAGUCACUCGCGGAGCGAUACCUGUCGGCGCUUCGAUCGAAACCAGCUGAGAGACCGAUGCCGAUGCCUUUGAGCACAUGCGGCGCCCCAAGGCGGGCCCCCCUCGCUGAGCCAUCGAACCUGCAGCUGUUCUCCAACGACUUCAUCGACUACCUUAACCAAAUCGCGUAAACUGUGCUCAUCUUGUGCGCCAAUAACGAACUAUUUAUGUGUGUCCUCCUUUGAGGCGCUAGGAAUAAUUUUUGUUAAAAUUAAGUUGGUAUUAUUGAAAAUAAUUUUAUGUAUCGGUUUAGAUCAUACUAUUGAUUUUAUUUUAAUUUUAUUCUACACUUUGUUGAUUAAAAUAGGUAGAUGUUGAUUUUAUCAAAAAUAAUAAUAA